UUUUGAAAAGAGCAGUAAGAGGCUUGUGCCCUUCCUUUGAAGCCAUGGCGGUAGCCACUACCACGUGACACAAGUGCAGAAAGGAUCUGGUCUCCCUGCUGACAACCAAGUCAGGCUGCUUAAAAGAGGUGUCUGAUACUUCCUGUUGCCAGUGCCUGGAACACAAUGGAUCACACAGGAACCAUAGACACAGAGGAGGAGCUAGGACCUCUAGCCCACCUUGCACCAAGUCCUCAGAGUGAGGCUGUGGCUCACGAAUUCCAGGAACUGUCUCUACAGUCCAGCCAGCAUUUACCCCCUCUGAACGAGCGCAAAAAUGGAAGUAUAGUCUUUGGGGAGUCAGGACUGCAGCUUCCUUUGCCGGCUCAGUCUGUGAGCACAGUGCUCCAGCUGAGGCUGCAACAAAGGAGGACAAGAGAGCAACUAGUGGACCAGGGCAUCAUGCCACCUUUGAAGAGCCCAGCAGCAUUCCAUGAGCAGAUAAAAAGCCUGGAGCGAGCCAGAACUGAAAACUUUCUGAAGCACAAGAUCCGGAGCCGCCCAGACCGCUCUGAGCUGGUCAGGAUGCAUAUUCUAGAAGAAACGUUUGCUGAGCCAUCUCUUCAGGCCACACAGAUGAAGCUGAAGAGAGCUCGGUUGGCAGAUGACCUGAACGAGAAGAUUGCUCAAAGGCCUGGUCCCAUGGAGCUAGUGGAGAAGAACAUCCUUCCUGUGGAUUCGAGUGUGAAGGAAGCAAUUAUAGGUGUAGUGAAGGAGGACUAUCCUCACACUCAUGGUGAGUUCUCAUUUGAUGAAGAUAGCAGUGAUGCUUUGUCUCCAGACCAGCCAGCAAGCCAGGAGUCUCAGGGCUCAGCUGCAUCCCCCAGUGAGCCAAAAGUCAGUGCCUCGCCACCUCCUGUGACUGCAAGCACUCCGGCCCAGUUUACCUCAGUGCCCCCAGCAGUUCCUGAAUUCUUGAAAACCCCUCUAACUGCGGACCAGCCUCCCACAAGGACUACAGCUCCUGUCCUCCCCACAAGCACUGUGUCCUCAACGAAGUCUGGCCCGACACUGGUGAAGCAAAGCCAUCCCAAAAAUCCAAAUGACAAGCACCGUAGCAAAAAAUGCAAAGAUCCGAAACCCCGAGUGAAGAAGCUUAAGUACCACCAGUACAUUCCACCCAACCAGAAAGGGGAGAAGAGUGAGCCACAGAUGGACUCCAACUAUGCCCGCCUGCUCCAGCAACAGCAGCUCUUCCUACAGCUGCAGAUCCUGAGCCAGCAGCAGCAGCAGCAGCAGCAACAGCAACACUACAACUACCAGACCAUCCUGCCUGCACCCAUCAAAACUGACAAGAACAACAGCAGUAGCACAAGCGUGCCAGCGAGGAGACCAGGACCGCUGCCCUCUAGCUUGGAUGACUUAAAGGUGUCAGAGCUGAAGACAGAACUCAAACUGAGGGGUCUGCCAGUGUCAGGAACUAAACCAGACCUCAUUGAACGCCUGAAACCCUACCAGGAAGUAACCAGUAGUAACCUUGCCACUGGCAGUAUUGUGGCAGUAUCAUCAGCAGCUAUUGUCACCAGUAGUAACCCAGAGGUCACAGUCACACUGCCAGUCACAACACUGCAUAAUGCUGUAACUAGCUCUAUGUCCACUUUCAAGGCAGACUUGCCACCUUCUGGGUCCAGCAGUGUGCAUCCAUCCCAUGUUGAAAAUGCCCAUUCUCCUCUGCCCAUCUCACCAUCACCCUCCGAGCAGUCCAGUCUCAGUACCGAUGAUACAAACAUGACAGACACCUUCACAGAGAUCAUGACCAUGAUGUCACCUUCCCAGUUCUUGUGUUCAUCUCCCCUGAGGGUGGCUAGCCAUGAGGACAGCCUGAGCCCCACCAGCAGCACCCUGUCAACCCUAGAACUGGAUGCUGCUGAGAAGGACCGCAAGCUUCAGGAGAAGGAGAAGCAGAUUGAAGAGCUGAAGAGGAAACUGGAACAAGAACAGAAGCUUGUGGAGGUCCUCAAGAUGCAGCUUGAGGUGGAAAAACGUGGGCAGCAGCGACCACCAGAACCUCAGCCCAGUGGCUCCCCACAUCCCUUUAGUACAUCAGAUCUGAAACAUGCCAGUGUUGGGUCCUCCAUCAAAGAUGAAGCCUCACUCCCUGACUGCUCCAGCCCCCAGCAGUCCAUCCCAGUGCCUGGCCAUGCUGUAGGCCAGCCCAUCUCCACAGGUAGCCAGACCCUUGUUGCCAAAAAGGCUGUGGUCGUCAAGCAGGAGGUCCCCAUGGUCCAAGCAGAGCAACAGAAUGUUGUCUCGCAGUUCUACCUGAGUUCCCAGGGACAGCCGCCUGCUCUUGUUGCUCAGCCUCAGACCUUACUGAGCACACAGACAACUCAGCUGCUGUUACCCGUGUCCAUCCAGGGUUCAAAUGUUACUUCAGUGCAACUCCCAGUAGGCAGCCUCCAGCUCCAGACCUCAGCACAAGGAGGAGUCCAGGCUCAGCCUCAGGUAGCUGGUGCCACACAGGUCCCAGCUGCAGCCCUGCCCUCAGCCUUGGCCUCGGCACUGCCUCAGAAGCAGGAAGCCUUCCCACAGCAUGUGUUGGGACAGCCUCAGCCAGUCAGAAAGGUCUUCACAAACUCAGCACCAAACACAGUUCUUCAGUAUCAGAGGCAGCCUGGCCCAACGACCCAGCAGCCCUUUGUCAAUAACACCUCUAACCCUGCUCUUCAAUCUAGAAGUGCCCCACUGGCACCCCUGCAAAAUGGACCUAGCCCAGCCAGCAAGCCUAGCUCACCACCCCCACCCCAGCAGUUUGUUGUCCAGCACUCUUUGUUUGCAACCCCAGUCACAAAGACAAAAGAUCCACCUCGAUAUGAGGAAGCCAUCAAACAGACUCGCAGCACCCAGCCAGCCCUUCCAGAGGUUUCCAGUGUGCACAGUCAGCAGAUGGAUGACCUCUUCGAUAUCCUCAUAAAGAGUGGAGAAAUUUCCUUCCCGAUAAAAGAAGAGCCUUCUCCAAUUUCCAAGAUGAAACCAGUGACAGCCAGCAUCACCACAAUGCCAGUCAAUACGGUGGUAUCUCGACCACCACCCCAGGUCCAAAUGGCACCACCUGUAUCCUUAGAACCUGUGAACAGUUUAUCUGCCAGCUUAGAGAACCAGCUAGAAGCCUUCUUGGAUGGAACUUUACCCUCAGCCAAUGACAUUGCCCCUCUGCAGAGCAGCAGCGAAGAUAGAGAGCCUUUCUCUCUGAUCGAGGAUCUCCAGAAUGACUUGCUGAGUCACUCCAGCAUGCUGUGCCAGUCUCACUCUCCCAUGGAGACCUCUGAGGCCCAGUUUGUGUCGGGGACCCCCUGUCUAUCUCUUGACCUGUCAGACUCCAACCUGGACAACAUGGAGUGGCUAGACAUCACCAUGCCCACCACAUCCUCCGGGCUCACUCCCCUGAGCACCACUGCACCAAGCAUGUUCUCUGCGGAGUUUCUGGACCCACAGGACCUGCCACUGCCAUGGGACUAAGGUCACAGGUCUCUUGUUUGUGAGCUUGUGAAAUUUGGAAACAUGAAAACAAUCCUGAGAGGCCAGUGUUGGGAGCUGGAGCCAUAGCAACACUGUUGAAGUUAAAAUCCAUUGUCAUAGAAAAAGGAAGGCCACAGCCUGGAAGCCAAGCAUGAAAGACUCCACAGAAACAGUCGUAUGUAGAACCCUUGUGAAAUGCCUUAGAUCAAGCCAAAAGUCAGGUACCAUCCACAGGAAGUGGCACUAGGCUCUGGUCAUCAGCUACCUUUCAUCCUCUGUGGUCACCUCAUGGCCCUAAUAAGAGACAAGCAGCUCCAUUUGAAACACCAGGCCACCAAGAGGGAGGGAAGGGAGGAGCCACUGCACAUGUGCUCCUUAGAGUAGCAUAAGCCAACCAGGUCAAUAGCAAACCAGAGGCACCUGAGCACUGAGCAGCUGGCAGCAGCAUCUAGCCAGAGGCUCCGAGUCCCACUCUGAAAUCUGUGUGACUUUGUGAUGUCAUAGGUCAUUUUGUGAGUUGGGAAUCAAAAUGAACAACCUUUCACCAUAAACAUAUCUACAAAAUACUGUCACACAAGAGCCCAGUGUACAGAGGCCAGAUACAUUGAUAGUGCUGCAACUGCCCUAGUGGCCUCAAGUGGAGGAAGUUGGUUCUCCUGUGAUGUUAGACAUUGGAAUGUGCUUUGAUCUUAGAGUAAAAAGUUGGCCGUUGACUGGUUCUUCUUGAAAUAAGUCAGAUAUCUCUAGAGUACUGAGCCACAGUGUCUCCAUCCUUGAAGACUUGCCGACAGACUCUCUCAGGUGACCAUGCCCAUCUCAAAGAACCAAAAAAGGCUUCAGCAUGAAAUUCCUUUUCAACCUAAUGAGUUAGAAGAAUGGAAGGUGUGGGCUGGCUGUCAGACUCUAGGACAGUCCACCUUGAGCACAGUCCAUCCAGGAAGUCUUCUGACCCAACAUCUAGUGAUCAGAAUGGCUCCUUGUCCUGGCUUUAACAGACUCUGGAGAACAGCAGUCUCUCAUCUGAAGCUUGGCAUUCUGGUGUUAAGGGCCCACUGAGCUCAGUGGCCAGUCUCAGAAGCUCUGGUAGAAGGUGGGGACUCCACCACCACCAGGAUUGCAGAGAAUGCUGAGAGCGGUAGCUGGGUUCUGCCAGCAAAGUCACAGCCUCGCUUGCCUCUGUCCAUCACACCACACAACACUGAGGACCUACUGACCCAGAGGACCAUUAGUCCCAGGCUAUCCCAGCACACUAACUGGAAGGCCAGGUUUAUCAGGGAACACUGCUCGUGCUCACAGAAGGUGUGUUUGGAGAGCACCAUCCUGAACGUUCAGCUCACUGUAAAAGAUUUUUGUCAAAACUGGAAAGUAGCAGUUCUAAUAUAGUCGUUUUUGUUUCCUGGUUCAAACCUUCAAUCUCUUUUUCAUUUAAACAAUCUCUGGGCUCUGUUUUUAUUUGUCCAGUGACUGGGAGUGAGCAGGUUGUUUUUUCCACUGCUCGCUCUGACAGUACCUGAGGUGUUCCUGUGUCUUUGAGUUAAGGCCUACAAUUCAAAAAGCUGCACGUGUUUACAAGAAGCUUUUACCCUCCACUUAGGCCCACUGCUCUGGGGAGUGGAGGUGUCCCAGGCUUGUGACAGCAGCUUGGCAAUCUCAGAUCUCCUAGGUGCUGUCUGGAAUCAUUAGAGACACCGGCAAUAAAAGGAAAGCUUUAUGCCAACGCCCAAGACAAAGCUUUAGUGAGUGGGCAGACUCACUGGAAAGCAGCCCAGUUGUCUUACCUCUACUUUCUGCUGUGAGGAACCCACCCACCCCACCAACAGGAGAUGACGGUUUAGGAAGGGGUUCGGUAUCCAUCAAAAGUACUUGACCUCAAGAAACCAAUAGUAAUCCAAAAUGCUUAAAGGAACCAAAGGCAUCGCCAGGUAUUUGCCAAAAGCAGCCACUUUUAAAAUUUGAGACUAAUGUGAUCUCAAGUCAAACCCCAUGAGGUUCCAUUUAAGGUUAUAAUUUUCACAGAGUUGUAGAUAUUCCUUGUUUUCCUAUAAAAUAGCAUAGAGCUGUUUUGUUGUUUUAAGAAUAACAUUCUUGGUAGUAGCGCUAAGUUGUCUUCUCGUAUGUAAAGGUUCUGUCGCUUGCAAUGGACAUGCAGGUGUUUCUCUCCUUCUCAUCUUCACAUAAUGUCUUAGCAUCUCACUUCUGACAAGAAAAGAGAAAACACCAGUGGGCAGCACCAUGCUUGUUUAAUGAACAGGAAAUCAUGGCAAUCGGGGGUCCAUUUGUGUUGCCUUUAUGUUGUUUUUUAAAGACAAACCAUGAUGCCUUUGUACUUGCUGUUUGCACCCCUGACUCAAUUCUGUACUGUGUCUGAAUGCCAUACGUUUGCACUUGUACUGUACAUAGGCGAUGCAGACUGUAUUUUUAUAUGUGUGCGCAUUUAUCAUCAGAUCUUUUGUACAUAGUGGCAGUAUUGUAGCUGAUCGGGAAAUGUUUGAUAUCUCAGCAAUUUUGCAUUUUUGUGUCUCAAAUAAAAAAAACAUUUUGAUGUAUGA